CCGCUAACUGGAUCGGAGAAGCGAUCUGCCAGCCCUAACUGGCGGAAUGCGGUAGCCACCGGCCAGGCUGGUCCAGCGCUCCAAACCUCCGGCUUCGUUCACCGGCCGGGAGCGGCCGCGAGAGCAUGCGCGGGGCUUCCGAGUCUCCGCCAAACCAGCGCCAGCCGGUGCGCCGCACGCCUGGAAGAGCCCGCAAAUGACAAGAGAUGGGCUGGUUGCGGUGGGAGGAGAAGGAGGAGGUUCAGGCCGAGGCGAACUACCUUGGGGACAAAAGGGCAACGAGCGGGAGAGGGGAACGGAGGAAAUAAGCCCUGACCCACCCCCACCCCCCCUUUCUUCCCUCUCCCCCUUUCCGCGAACAGGGAAAGGCUCCGGGCGCUGAGUGAAAGAUGCCCCCCGCAGCGGGUGCUGGGAGUCGGUGGAGCGCACCAGCGGCUGAAUCAUCCCACUCCUUGGGAGGCAUCCAGGAGUAAAACGGUCCCUUUCGGGGAUACUUGACUGAAAAUGUAUGACAGUCACGAAGAUGUUGAUUCUGAAAAGAAUUCCAAAGAGGGAGAGCAGAAGUUGAAGCCAAAUCCAGAUAUUGAUAGAGGAUGGGCUUGGAUGAUAGUCUUUUCAUCUUUCCUGGUGCAUAUACUCAUCAUGGGAUCACAGAUGGCCCUUGGAAUUCUCAACAUGGAGUGGCUUGAAGAGUUCAGCCAAAGUCGAGGGCUGACGGCAUGGGUCAGCUCCCUCAAUAUGGGUAUUACUCUGAUUGUAGGUCCCUUUAUUGGUUUGUUUAUUAACACCUGUGGAUGUCGGAAGACAGCAAUAACUGGAGGAAUCUUGAAUGCCCUGGGAUGGAUAUUAAGUUCCUAUGCUUCAGAUGUAGACUACCUCUUUAUUACAUUUGGAAUUAUAGCUGGUAUUGGAAGUGGGAUGGUGUAUCUGCCUGCUGUGGUCAUGGUGGGACAGUAUUUUCAAAAGAGAAGGGCUCUUGCUCAGGGACUCAGCACAACCGGAACAGGCUUUGGUGCUUUUCUGAUGACAGCUUUGUUGAAAUAUCUUUGUGUGGAGUUUGGCUGGAGGAACGCAGUGUUCAUCCAUGGUGCUGUCUGUCUGAACCUGUGUGUUUGUGGAGCGCUUCUGAGGCCAAUUCGUUACAAGAAGGCAGCUCCUGAGCCAAGCAGAGAUGGAAGCAACAGUCCAGCAAAAGUUCUCUCCUGCUCUGCAGAAACACUGUCAACUAACGGUGUCUUAAGGGAAGUGGAAAAAGAGGAAAAGGGAGGACAGGGUACAAAAGAAAAGACUGCCAACAUUUCAGCCUUGGAAAAUAAAGAUGCAAGCAGAGACCAAAAGGAAAUCUAUACUCUUGGCAUUCUGAAGACAGUAGGCCAGCUGACAGUUACAAGCCAGAAAGGCUUCAGGACCUGGUAUUCUAGUUACUUUGGAACUACAUCUCUCUUCACCAACAGAACAUUUGCAGCUUUUGUAUUUUGGGCCUUAUUUGCCUAUAGCACUUUUGUGAUCCCUUUCAUCCAUCUCCCAGAAAUAGUGAAACAGUAUAAUUUAGAAGCACAGAAUGACAUCUUUCCUUUGACUUCAAUUAUUGCAGUUGUUCACAUUUUGGGGAAGGUCAUCCUUGGCAUAAUCUCUGAUUCGCCUUGCAUCAGUGCUUGGAAUGUUUUCAUGGCAGCUAACUUUACUCUUGUCUCUUGCAUUUUUAUUUUGCCAUUAAUGCAUACAUUUGCUAGCCUAGCAGUGGCUUGUGCCCUAAUAGGAUUUUCCAGUGGAUAUUUUUCACUUAUGCCUGUUGUAACUGAAGAUCUGGUAGGGAUUAAGCAUCUUGCAAAUGCCUAUGGGAUCAUCAUUUGUGCCAAUGGGAUAUCAGCACUGUUGGGACCACCGUUUGCAGGAUGGAUUUAUGAUCUCAUGCAAAAAUAUGACUUUUCUUUCUACAUAUGUGGCUCCCUUUAUAUGGUGGGAAUACUUACUUUGCUUAUUCAGCCUUAUAUUGGCAAGGAAACACCAUCACCAGGAAAAAAUACAGAAAAUUGAAAAGUUUAGGACAGUUCACUUCAUGUUUUUAGGCAGAAAUCUUGCAUUUCUGAAGGAAGUAUCAAAUUAUAUAUGUGAUGGGACUAACAAUAUUAAAUAAAACUGAACUAUUCAAUCAUUAUACUGUGGUGCAUGUUGACCAGUAAUUGAACAUUAAUUUUUGUGAAGUUGGAGGUGGUGUUGUUUAUUUGUUUAGUCGCUUCCGACUCUUCGUGACUUCAUGGACCAGCCCGCGCCAGAGCUUCCUGUCGGUCGUCAACACCCUCAGCUCCCCCAGGGACAAGUCCGUCACCUCUAGAAUAUCAUCCAUCCACCUUGCCCUUGAUCGGCCCCUCUUCCUUUUGCCCUCCACUCUCCCUAGCAUCAUCAUCUUCUCCAGGCUGUCCUGUCUUCUCAUUAUGUGGCCAAAGUAUUUCAGUUUGGCCUUUAAUAUCGUUCCCUCAAGUGAGCAGUCUGGCUUAAUUUCCUGGAGAAUGGACUGGUUUGAUCUUCUUGCAGUCCAAGGCAGAAAAGGUCUGCAAAUAAUCCUUUGCAAAAAAAAAAAAAGUAGGGGAAGAUGUGAAUCUUGGUGCAUGCAUAUAAAUACCAUCAGGUUUCUAGCUUGAUAGAAUGGAUCUUCAUCUUUCUGUAGUUGCUUGCUGCUGUAAUAAAGUAUCUCUAAGUGAAGUACAAAUUCCUCUGAAACUGCAAAGUUCCAGAGAGUUAUUGCAAGGGGCCAAAGUACAUAUACCUGACAUUUUUCCUUAUUCCUGAUCCACAGGAAGAAAGACAAGUUCAGAUUUUCUAGACCAAGACCAUAGCUACUGACCCCUUUUGCCAUCCCAUUUACCACGGAUCAGGUUCUAGUGCUAUGCUCCGGUAUCAGAAUCAAAUGGCAACCCAGAAAGAUCAGUCGAUUUAGACAGUGAAUCAUCUAGCUCUGGACCAGAAUUUAGCACAGCUCAACACACCACUAACACCAGUGCAGGAUCCAAUUGCAUUAGCAACUGUUGCUACAACAGCUACUACAACUAUAGUUCUCCAGCUGAUCUGUCAUUGUGCCUGGCAAAUAUGAUGGAAAUGUGGGCAAAAUUAUGACCUUCCAUGUACAGUGUGAUAUACAAAUGUCUCAAAAAUCUGGAGAAUUUACUGCAGACCAGUUCUUCGUAAGAUUCAUAAUAAGUCUCCUGAUGGAGGGCAGUAGAAAAUGAGCUACCCCCCACUCCUUCCGAUUCAAAAUAAUCUGGAUAUGGACAAGGAUGCUAAUUUUGUGAUAAGUUUAAGGAAUGCUUUUGAUAACUCUGCCAAACUGAUGACAGCCAAUCAUAAAAUCAGAUGCCUGUGACAAAGUAAAUGCUUGAGGUGUGCAUAUGUGGUGGACUUUCAGACAUUAGAUCAAGAUUUGGGCUGGAAUGUAAAGAGCUUAAUUGACCAGUUUAAAGACGGUCUAGCCAAUAUGCUAUGGGAUGAGUUCACUGGGCAGAGAAUGUCAGGGACCCCAUCUGCUUUAAUCUAAUUUUGGAUUUGAAAACAGAAGACUCAAAGAAUCAUGUCAAAAGUGCAGUGAGAAAGGAAAACCUCACCAUUCUCUUUCCUUCCUUCCUCUCCUUGCUCAUCAGAAUACUCUGGUGGCAAAUCCAUGCAGUUGGGAGCUAGCAGGAAGAUACUUUCUGUAAAAAAAAAUAACAGUACUGACAUGCAAAAGAUUGUGCCUGUAUUGUUAAGAAUUGGGCCAUUUUGCUCAGGAAUGUCCUUCUUAGUCUCUCCUUUCUGGGUAGAAAAUAAGUUCUAUAGUUAUGGAGAAGAGAAGUACUUUGCAAACAGAUGCCGUACAUACUCUGGAUCUGGGCUUGUUAGGAAACAAGUUUGUUCAAGGUGAGGACUUCCAAAAAUUAUGAAGGGCCAAGGGUUUUGACAAUAGGCACCAACAUUUGGCCUUUUGUGUUAUUCUUAAGACUCAAGCUGGCCAUGCAAUACAACUAUGGUCUCCAAUAUCUUCUGGUACCAUGGGCAAUGUUAUUGUCUCUGCAAUCACACACUAGCAUGCCUUGCCUGCUCAUCAUAAUGAACUCCCAAUGUGGAUGGAAACUAUCAAUGGCAGGCUCUUAUGGUCUGGCCCAGUUUCUGAAUGCACAGAGCCAUUCCUGCUUACCACCUAUCAUUAUCAGGAACCUCUGUAUCUUAAUUUGACAUGCUGAUGCAUUUUCCUAUUGUCUUGGCAAUGGCUUGGCUUCAGAUUCACAAUUUGUGCAUUCAUUGAGGCCAAGAAAGCAUUAUGGUUGAUUUUCAGUCAUGCUAGACUCACAGAUUUCAAGAUCUGACUGACUCUGUCAGUUAUACUCCAUCUACCCUAGUUUAUCUGCCAGGUAUGUUGACCACACUAAUAUUUUGAGAAAGGAAAAAGCACAGAAUUUACUCCCCCAAUGGUUUUGUGACUGUAAUGUUAACCUUGUUUAUAAAGCUAAGAUUUCAGCAAAAUGUUUAUAUCUGGGACUCAAUUGGUGUGCCUCAAUGAACUUAUCAAUGACAGCUUGUAAAUGGGAUGCAUGGAUAUCAUUACUUUUGAUUAUUCUAUUGUUAUUUGUUUUAUCCUGUUUUGUUUUUCACUGGAAUUAAAACCAAUUAGGGUGGUUUACAAAUACUGUAAAACAAGCAAAUAAAUGGGCUUUGUUCACCAUUCU